AAAUAGAGAUUGCCCUAGAUGGCCUUUCAGGACCUUAUAAGUCAACUUGGCAGCCUGGGGAGGUUCCAGAUUCUUCACAUGAUUUUUGUAUUGAUCUGCCAGGCCCUGGUGAUUCCUCACACUUUGUUGGAGAACUUCACUGCAGCCAUUCCUAAUCAUCGGUGCUGGGUCCCCAUCCUUGAUAAUAACACUGUCUCUGAUAAUGACAGUGGGAUCCUGAGCCAAGAUGACCUCCUGAGGAUCUCCAUACCAUUGGACUCCAACCUGAGGCCAGAGAAGUGUCGUCGCUUUGUCCAACCACAGUGGCAUCUCCUUGGUCUGAACGGCACUUUCUCCAGUGUGACAGAGCCAGAUACAGAACCCUGUGUGGAUGGCUGGGUGUAUGACCAAAGCACCUUCCUCUCCACCAUAGUGACCCAGUGGGACCUGGUAUGUGGAUCUCAGGCACUGAAUUCAGUGGCUAAAUUUAUAUACAUGACUGGUAUCUUUAUAGGACAUAUCGUGGGUGGCCACUUAGCAGACAGGUUUGGGAGGAAGCUGAUUUUUACAUGUUCUUUACUGAAAAUGGCCAUCACUGAAACCUGUGUAGCUUUUGCUCCCACCUUCCUCAUCUACUGCUCACUUCGAUUCCUCACAGGGAUUUCUUCCUCAUCCCUGAAGACAAACAGUGCUUUGCUCAUAUUAGAAUGGACAAGUUCUAAAUACCAAGCUAUGAUAAUGGCACUGAUAUUUUGUGCCUCAGGAAUUGGACAGAUACUAUUGGGAGGCCUGGCUUUUGGUAUUCGAAACUGGCACCAUCUCCAGCUGGCAGUGUCUAUACCAAUGUUCUUACUCCUUAUUCCCACAAGGUGGUUGUCAGAGUCAGCUCGAUGGCUAAUUGUGACCAACAAACCUCAGAAAAGUUUAAAGGAACUUAGAAAAGCUGCAUGCAUGAAUGGAAUGAAGAAUUCAGAAGAUGCCCUAACCUUGGAGGUUGUGAAAACUACCACGAAGGAGGAGCUGGAGGCAGCACAGACAAAACCCUCUGCACUGGACUUGUUCCGUACGCCCAACCUUCGCAAGUGGAUCUGUAUCAUAUCUUUUGUAAGAUUUUUGUCAGUGAUAUCUUUUUUAGGCCUGCUUAUCAACCUCCAAUACCUGAGCAAUAAUGUGUUCCUACUGCAGUGUCUUUAUGGUGUGGUAUGCAUCCCAGCCAAUGUUCUUGGAAAUUUUUCAAUGGACUACAUGGGCCGCAGAAUAACCCAACUGAUUUUCAUGUCUAUGAUGGGAAGCUUCAUUCUGGCUAUUGCAUUUUUGCCUCAAGAAAUGCAGAUCCUGCGUGUAAUUUUGCCAACAUUAGGAGGAGCAAUUUCUUCUGCCUCUAUAACGAGUACUCUUGUGCAUGCAAAUGAGCUAGUCCCCACCAUAAUCAGGUCAACUGCUUUAGGAGUCGUUGGAAUUGCUGGCAGUGCUGGAGCAGCCCUGUCUCCUCUGUUUAUGAUCCUCACAACAUACUCUGCUUCCUUGCCCUGGAUCAUCUAUGGGGUUCUUCCCUUCCUUAGUGGCCUCAUUGCCCUUCUCCUUCCUGAGACCAAGAAUCAGCCUCUGCCUGACUCCAUCCAGGAUGUGGAAAAUAAGAGGAAAACCUCAAAAGAGGCAAAGAAAGAUGUGGUUGCCAAAGAGACACCAUUAUAAAGGAUUCCAACUGACCUCUGAUCAAGGAAAAAGAUGAAAAAUACUUAUCAUUCAGGAUACGGUGGUCCAGAAUUAUACCCAUAUAAUUAGCAAAAUUUUUCCAUAUAAGUCAUUGUAUAAAUAAUGAGUUAAAGUUAUACCAGUUUGUCAUGUAUGAAAUAACUAUAUUAAAGAAAUUUGAA